CUUCGCCUCAAAGCUAGCAAUAGCCCUGUCAAUGACUGGCAGGCCGAUUUGGCUAGGGAUGGUUAUGCAGUCGUCAAGGGAGCUGUCGCAAAGGAAAAGGCUGCUGAAUAUGCUGAGCGCAUGUAUCAAUACCUUGAGGGCUUCGGCCUUGGCUUUGACAGAAACAAUCGUUCAACAUGGACCUCAGAGCAUCUCCCAGAGAUCAACAACAAAGGCAUGUGUCUCGAUUAUGCCGUCGCCCACGAAGACUUUGUUUGGGAUGUGCGAUCAGAGCCAGGCGUCGUAGGCGCAUUCGAACAAUGGUUGAAGACGGAAGAUCUUAUCGUUUCCUUCGACGCUGUCAACUUCGGCCUCAGUGGUCGCAAGGACCUAGCUCCCAACAAGCCAUGGCCUCAUCAAGACCAGGAUCCCACCAAGAGCGGCUUCCGCUGCCUCCAGGGUCUUGUCAACAUCCUUCCUAACGGACCCAACGACGGAGGCCUCAUCGUCUGCAAAGGUGCUCAUCUUCUCAGCGAGCAAUUCCACAAGGAAAUGGCUUGGGAAGAGCCCAUCCCCGCCUGGAACCCAGAAUGGUAUGGCUUCACUGAUGCCGGUAUGAAGUGGUUGGAAGACAAGGGUCUGGAAUGGGUCAAGGUGUCCGGCGAGCCCGGUGACCUCUUGCUCUGGGAUUCAAGAGUGCCCCACUACAACCUGAGUUCGACGACUGAUCAGAGCCGCUUCUGUGUAUACACUUGCUAUAUGCCUGUUGCCGAGGCAAGUCAAGAAGACUUGAAGCGCAAAAAGAUUGCCUUUGAAGGAUGGUUCGGCACUACACACUGGCCUAACUGCCAAGUCAUGGGUCGCAACCAAGCAAAGAGAAAUGGCGAGACAGAUCCUCAUAAUAGAACCGAGCCUGUCAAGAAGCCUCAAUUGAGUGAGCGGGCAUAUCGCCUUACAGGCAUUCCGUACAUCAAAGCU